GCGCCGCUCGACGGGGCCGGGCUUGGGCGGGGCCGGACGUGAGCGCACUUCCGCGGGGCGGUGGCGACAGCGCCAUGGCGGCAAAAAGUCCUGCUCAUGGUACUCCAAGAAGACCUGUUUUAUCUGUCAGUGCAAGAAAAAUAAAAGAUAAUGCAGCAGACUGGCAUAAUUUGAUGAUGAAAUGGGAAAGACUGAAUGACAAUGGAUUUACUACCGCAAACAAAAUAGUUAACCUGAAAAUCAGUGAGCAAUUUCAGGACAACAAACUGGAGAUAACAUGUGAUAACAGUGCCACAGAAAUUGAUAAGCCAGCUCCAAAAUACCAUGAAGAACUGGACAAUUGCUGUGCAGAAUUACUUGAGACCUUAAAGCAUAUGACAAAAAUACAACUAAAAAUGGAAAAGCUCACUUCAACUACUAAAGCAAUUUGUGACUUGGAAGCAUUCCACAAUGGAGCUGGGAAUUGCACAGCACCCUUCUUUCAUACAUGGCCCACAUCAUACUUCUAUGAGGUUUCUCUGAAGCUCUCUGAAAUGUACAGGAAGGAACUACAACUCAAACAAACAAUUGUACAAGAAAUUGCUCAUUCUGCUGACCAGGAUCUGAUGAUGGUCUUUUUGUCGUCAUGGUUGUACCAGCCUUACAUUGAGAACAGCAGCAAACUACUACUUGAAACCAUGCUUCUGGAAACAGGUCAUAGACCGUGCUAGAAUUUCAGAUGUUCAGUGGCUUGCUUCUAAUGAUGCACAUGUGAAACUGAAACGUCAAAUAGCAAAGCUUACCAUGUAAGUUGAAUUUUUGUAAAACUUAUUAAAAAUAGUUUUUUCUA